AUGGAGUACCAGUAUCUAGGAAGGUCGGGACUUAAAGUCUCCAAAGUCAUUCUCGGUGCGAUGUCGUAUGGCACGCCGGAAUGGAAGGGCUGGGUUCUUAACGAAGAGGAAUCGUUGCCUUUGCUUGAAUAUGCGUACAAGGUCGGUAUUCGGACAUGGGACACGGCAGAUGUCUAUUCCAAUGGCCGCUCCGAGGCAAUCAUUGGGAAGGCUAUCAAGAAGUACAACAUCCCACGAGAACGCCUUGUUAUUCUCAGCAAGUGCUAUUUUGGCGUCACUCCGGAUGCCCUUGAGAGAUAUAUCAGCGCCAACACAGCCAAUGAAGGCGACUUGCUGAACCAAGUCGGCCUUAGCCGAAAGCAUAUCUUGGAUGCAGUCGACAAGAGCGUCGCCCGUUUGGGAACUUACAUUGACGUCCUUCAGAUUCACCGUCUUGAUCGGUCUGUUCCGCGAGAGGAGAUUAUGAGGGCGCUGAACGAUGUUGUUGAGUCGGGCAAAGUCCGGUAUAUCGGCGCGUCUAGUAUGGCGGCCUGGGAGUUUCAGGAACUGCAAAACAUUGCCGACCGCCAUGGAUGGCACAAGUUUAUCUCCAUGCAGAACUACUACAACUUGCUGUACCGCGAAGAGGAGAACGAGAUGAUCCCCUACUGCAAUCAUACUGGUGUGGGCUUGAUUCCUUGGUCUCCUGUGGCUCGUGGAGCUUUGGCCCGUCCUUGGAAUAGCCGGGACAGCCUGAGAGAAAAGACCGACAACUUUCUGCAAGAUUUGGUUCGCUCUCGGGAUGACAAGGUGGACGAGGAGAUUGUGGGCCGCGUCGAGCAAGUUGCCAAGAAGCUGGGGAAGAGCAUGGCUCAGAUUGCCAUUGCGUGGGCUCUCAGCAAGAAGGAUGUGAGUCCCAUCGUGGGGUUGAACAAGAAGGAGAGGAUAGAUGAAGCCGUCGAGGCUUGCAAGAUCAAGUUGAGUGAGGAGGACAUUAAGUUCCUGGAGGAGCCCUACCAACCGAAGAGACGGCAAGGUUACUGA